AUGAAUCCCUCGACCAGCUCCGCCUCUCACCAGGCCAGGUCGUCGUCGGGCUCGGGUCGCUCUCAGCGAAGUGCCAAUCCCGACAAGCAGAUCUCACAGAUCGAAAAGAGCGUGACCCAUCUCCUCGUGGCCACCAAACAACUACUCGAGACGCUGACACAAUGGUCGCGCGGACAGGCGCAGGAAGAGGAGGUCUCCGAUGUCUAUGUCCGGUUGGGAUACGAAUUUAACCUGGCUUGCCGCGCCUUCAAUUCCAUCGGCGUCGAGACCGCCGACCUUGGUCCUGUGCCUGAUCUACUGCGGAAUAUCCUCGAAGACACUCUGAGUCAACCUGCGUCACCUCAGGCCCUCGACAACUACCUCCCCCGAAUCCGCGACAUCAUCAUCAACCUACUUCACGGUCUGAAGAGGAAGCAGAGCAGACUGCGAGGUCGCGCCACGAAAGAUGGGUCUUCUACACCACAACCAAGGCCAGCUGUGGGCGGGGGCAGACAAGGCAGCGUAUCUACGACGGGGAGCAAUGAGACGGGCCUUACCCACAUGCUUGAUGAUGUGCCCAGCUCUACUUCGAGUAUGCGCGCUCAGUCUCCUCCAGGGGCCAGCACGGCUUCCGAUCAGCUCUAUGCACCGGCGAAUGCUUCAGCGGUGACGCCGGCAAACCGAGCUACUCUCAACCGACACUCAAUGCGACGGGAUGUCCCUCUUCCAUUGCCUCAAUCCGACUCCAGCUCGACGAUAUCCUCUUCCGCCACGCCUCAGAGCGUGCCCGCGCCCAGUUUCCCCCUGGGUCACGACGCAGACGGGUCACCCUCGGUGACCCAGAUCAAUUUUCCACAUCCUCCGCCACCACCACCCAAGGAAACUGACGCCCUGACCAGGCUGCAAAGAGGGGGGGAUUUGGAAAGACGUGCCUCACGAAGGUUCUCGGCGUAUCAGAUACAAAAGCAUCUUGGUGCCUCUCCGAAUGGUGUACCUGUCAUACCCACCGCGCAGAACUCCCCCAUUCCCAACAGGGGGAAGGAGGUGCGCGAAUCUCUGAGCGCUGUCCGAUCCCGCAGUUCCUACCAACAAUCUCGGUCAAAGUCUCUUCGUCAAGGAGAUAUAUCGCCGAGUAGGAGCGGCACUGUAAGGGCGCCCCAGCGGAUCUCCGAGGAGAGAGAGGAAACCCCGGUCCUCUCAUUACAAGACGUACCACCCAUGCAACGACCCGAAGAGCCGACGAAUCUUGAUAGUCCGACUGUGAAGACCCCGGAUGAGUAUUUCAAUGCUCCCAGAAUUGACACCCGUGGGGGGGAUGCACUAGUGGGCGCAACUGUGAAUGGGCCGCUCAGUCCACCCCCCGAGGAAUUGCAGGAAACCGUCUCUCUCGACUCAGUAUUGGCGCCAGCACCUCCGGCUGAGCACACCACGCCCGUGGAGACAGACCCUGUCAAAACACCCGACGCCGCUCAGCGAAGGCCGCGAGACGGCGUGACACCACAGCAAUCGCAAGUACUCGCGAGCGACUCUUCACCCCAGCAAGGCAAAGAAUUGACCUUGUUCUUGCAGUACAGGAGCAAAAUCAAGAAGUUUGUGCUAGCGGAUGGGUAUGAGGAGCUCACCAUCGCACGGUUGCAACUAGCCUUCAUUGAGAAAUUCGCAUGGAAUACCCAGCAUGACGGCGCCGAACUGCCGGAAAUCUAUGUGCAAGAUCCUGUUUCUGGUGUCAGACAUGAACUGGAAGACCUCUCCGAUGUCAAAGAUCGCUGCGUACUUGUGCUCAAUGUUGAAGCUCUCGACGAGGUCAAGAAGCACUUUGACGAAGGCAUCGGCGGGCUUCAGAAGACCUUGGACGGAGUGCGGUCACUGUUGGAGGGGCAAGGGACAUUGAUGCAACGCUUCUCCGACCGGCAGCUGGAGACUUCCAAAGAGAUGGCGAGGAUGUCAGCCAUACCUGCCCAACAUCCCACGAGGACUCCGACCUUGGCCCAAGGCAAGUUUACGCCCUCAGCAGCUGCCUCGGCCUCGACCCUGCAGGAGAUUCAGAGUCUGCGUCAGGAAAUUGCCGUGCUACGGCAGACAUAUUCUACCAUGACCUCCGACUUUAGUGCGGCUAUGAGCGACAUCAAAGCCAAGGCGGCCAAUGUGAAAGCCGUGGCUGCAGAGGCUGCCAACGCGUCGUACAAGGGUGAUGCGGGCCGUGCACAUAUCAACGAAGGAAAGAAGACCUUGUCAGACGACUCGGAAGCGUUGGUCAACCGUGUGGACGAUCUCUCCGACAUUGUCGAGGAACUGCGUAAGGACGUGGUGAGUAGAGGAGUCAGACCGCUUCCGCGAGCACUCGAGGACAUCAGCAAGGAAAUCAGCGCCGCCGCCAAGCAACUCGCCAAGGUCAAGGACUUUGUCAAGCGCGAGAAACCGAUCUGGACCAAGAUUUGGGAGCAAGAACUCCAAAUUGUCAUGACCGAACGAGAUGACCUGACGCAGCAAGACGAGUUGCUGAACGAUCUGGACGGCGAUCUGGACGAUAUUACGAAUGUCUUCAAGCUUGUGGAAGAGGCUACAAAGCAACAAAACAUCCAAACAGGGGGAGGUGGUCGACAGCCCUCAAGGAGUCUUGCCUUUGACACCGACGUCGACCCGCACGAAGCGAAGAGCGGGAUGCUCGAUGAAGUCCGUGCCUUGCAGCCAAACCACGAGAGCCGACUUGAGGCCAUUGAGCGAGCCGAAAAGAUACGUCAGAAGGAGUUGGAGAGUCGAAAAGUGGGUGAGUUCCAGCGUGAGGUUGAGACUUUCGUGGAAGAGGGCAAGCUUAGGAAGACCGGGGGGAUGGAUGAAGUCGAACGCAGAAGAAAGCUGAAAGAUGAGCAGGCGAGAAGGGACAAUUACGAGCGACAGCAGGCGAGGGCAGCCGAGCUGGAGAGAAAACGAGCGGAAGAAGCGGCGGCGGCGGCGGCGGCAGCAGCAGCUUCGGCGGAGACGAAUGGCGCUUCUCCACAAGAAGGCAUCUCAGAGCAAGACCCUGAGACACCGUUCGAGGGCGGCAAAGAUGAAAGGGUACAACCGUCCGAUGGAGAAACUUUGGCCGCGCCUUCCGUUCCACCGAAAGAUGGGACGAGAGAAGCAGCAGAGGCAGCAGCCAAGGUCGAUCUGCCAGAAAUCGAAGUUGAAGCGGGACAUGAUGGCGAAAGGGGACUCGGUAUGUCAUUUUUUCGUGAUUCUAUGAGCGAAACCGGUUGA